GGGAUAGAAGCCUCUUACUUUUCAUUUUUUGAAGCAACUUCCAUCUACAGCCACCAUGGUCCACCUGUCAGCUGAUGAGAAAUCCGCCAUUAAUGCCGUAUGGUCCAAGGUCAGCAUUGAAAAUGAUGGCCAUGAUGCCCUCACCAGGCUGCUGGUUGUCUACCCCUGGACCCAGAGGUAUUUCAGCAGCUUCGGAAACCUCUCCAAUGUGGCUGCCAUCUCUGGAAAUGCCAAGGUUCGUGCCCAUGGCAAGAAGGUUUUGUCUUCUGUUGAUGAAGCCAUCCACCAUAUAGAUGAUGUCAAGCACUUCCUUUCCAGUCUGAGCAAGAAACACGCUCAGGAACUCCACGUGGACCCCGAAAACUUCAAGCGUCUUGCUGAUGUGCUUGUUAUUGUCUUGGCUGGCAAACUGGGAGCUUCCUUCACUCCUCAAGUUCAAGCUGCCUGGGAGAAGUUCAGCGCUGGACUGGUGGCUGCUCUUAGCCAUGGCUACUUCUAAAGAAUUUUGUUUCAUACAAAGUCCAACAACUGCUUGUCUGUGAUAAAGAUGAUUCUAUAACAACACAAUAAGUGUUAAUAAAGCUUUCUUGUCAAACUUC